AUGCUAUACGACGGCGUACCCGUGGACCUCACACCGGAGCAGGAGGAGGUGGCAACCUUCUUUGCGGUCAUGAAGGAGACGGACUACAUGAAGAAGGACACCUUCCUCAACAACUUCUGGGAGGGCUUCCGGGAGGUGCUGGGCCACGGCCACGUCAUCAAGAGCCUGGACAAGUGCGACUUCCUCCCAUUUUACAAUUGGCACAUGGCUGAGCGGGAGCCCAAGAAGAACCUGAGCAAGGAGGGCGGGGCCUCCCAGGAGAAGGAGAAGCUGAAGAAGGAGAAGGACGAGGCGGAGGCCAAGUACAAGUAUGCGUUGGUGGAUGGGCGGCAGGAGAUGGUGGGGAACUUCCGAGUGGAGCCGCCGGGGCUGUUCCGGGGGCGCGGCGAGCACCCCAAGAUGGGGAAGAUCAAGAAGCGCAUCUAUCCGCGUGACAUCACCAUCAACAUUGGCGAGGGGGUGCCCAUCCCGGGGCACCCCUUCACCGGCCAGCAAUGGAAGGAGGUGAAGCACGACAAGAGUGUGACGUGGCUGGCCUUCUGGCGGGACCCGGUGAACACCAAGGAGUACAAGUAUGUCUUCCUGGCGGCCACCUCGACUUGGAAGAGCGAGAGCGACCUGCAAAAGUACGAGAAGGCGCGCAAGCUCAAGGACUUCAUCGGCGGCAUCCGCGACACCUACACCCGCAACUGGGACUCGCGGGACCGCGCCGAGCGGCAGAUGGCCACCGCCCUGUACUUCAUCGACAAGCUGGCGCUGCGUGCGGGGCACGAGAAGGACGAGGACGAGGCGGACACAGUGGGCUGCUGCACGCUCAAGGUGGAGAAUGUGGAGUGCGCGCCGCCCAACCACAUCAAGUUUGACUUCCUGGGCAAGGACUCCAUCCGCUACGAGAACACCGUGGAUGUGGAAGAUAAGGUGUUCAAGAAUGUGGAGCUGUUCAAGCGGGAAAACCAGAGCGGCAAGCCCAAGAAGGAGGGUGACCAGCUGUUUGAGUGCUUUGAUGCCCAGGACCUCAAUGUGCGCCUCAAGGACCUCAUGGAGGGGCUGUCGGUCAAGGUGUUCCGUACCUACAACGCCUCCAUCACGCUGGACCGCCUGCUGGCGGAGGGGGAGGAGGCGGCGAGCGCGGAGGCGGAGACUGUGGAGGGGCGGGUGGCUGACUACAACAGGGCGAACAAGGAGGUGGCCAUCCUCUGCAACCAUCAGCGGUCGGUGCCCAAGGCGCACGAGAACCAGAUGGAGAAGCUGCAGGAGAAGCUGGAUGCUGUGAGGCAGGAGGUCAAGGACCUGCAAGCCGACCUGAAGCGGGCCAAGGCGGGGAAGAAAGGGGAGGACGGCAAGGUGCUGCGGGAGGAGGUGGUGGCGGGCAAGCUGGAGAAGAAGCAGGCGCAGCUACUCAAAAUGGAGAUCACUGCCAAGUCCAAGGAGGACCUCAAGACUGUGGCCCUGGGCACCUCCAAGAUCAACUACCUCGACCCGCGUAUCACCGUGGCGUGGUGCAAGCGCAACGAGGUGCCCAUUGAGAAGGUGUUCAACAAGAGCCUGCUGUCCAAGUUCCUGUGGGCCAUGGAUGUAGAGCCAGAGUUCCGCUUCUAG